AUGCUAACAGAAUCCCUCAAGUGUGCAGGGUGCCUUAAUGACAUUGGUGAUGAUGAAUAUAUAUCAGCAUUGGGACAAGACUGGCACAAAGACUGCUUUAGGUGCUCGGUUUGCGAUGCUUCUCUAUCGACGUGGUACUUUGAGAAGGCGGGCCUGCUGUUUUGUCAGAACGACUAUUGGACGCGUUACGGAGACAACUGUCAGCAAUGUGCACAGGUGAUAACAGGUCCGGUGAUGGCUGCGGGUGAGCACCGCUUUCAUCCUGAGUGUUUUGCGUGCGCUGCGUGCGGCGCUCAUGUUGAGGACGGCGAGCCAUACGCACUUCUCGAGCGCUCACAUUUGUACUGUGGUGCGUGUUGUGGGAGUGCAAUGCGUGGGCCGAGGGACGCGCACGCUAUCCACGUGCUGCGGCUGCCGGGCCGUGCGCUGCGCCUCGCGCCCAACACCGGACCCGGACCCGGCGCCGCGCUCACCAUCGCACACGGGCGAUGCGCCAGCAAGCUGUCCGCGUUGGCGCGCGCACUGCUCCGCGCCGCUGUCUCCGUCUGCAUACAGCUCACCUGCCAUAGGAUUGACUCAAGUUGUGGAGUGCUGACUUUGCACAUCGGUGAUCGUGUGUUGGAGAUCAACGGUGCGUCUGUCCGCGGUCGCACUAUCACUGACUUUGAUCCUGACGCCGUAGUCCAGUUUCUUUUACAGUUAACAAUAGAACACAAUCCGGAAACAUUGAAUAUGAAGAAAGGGCCUUCAAAAACAAACGCACAAACCGACAGACACAUAGACUGUGACGAUCGACCGAAACUCGAAGGGAAAUCGCCUAUUGAAAGGAAGAUACAUAAAGAAGACUUGAAAAAACACAUUCCUAACAGACAUUCCAUUGAUGACCAAAGAACGUUGCACAGAGAAGACGAGGGAACCAAGAAAGAGAGACUGUUUAAGAGAAAGGGAGAAGAUGGGGGGAAAAGAGUGAUAAAGAGACGGCAAAUACCAUCAUCUCCACUUUUAGGUGAUAAAGAAAGAAGUAGUAGUAUGUCUAAAUUACUUGACGUUAGUGUGGAAGGUCCAGAAGCCAGCGGUGUAUUGUGCGACUUGAGUCGAGCUCGCUCCUUCAGAGCGGAGCCCGCUCAGGGACAGAAAGUGUUUAGAGCCUCAGAUCUAUUGCAAGGAGAGCUGUUGGGUUCUGGUUUCUUUGGCCAAGUGUACAAGGUGACCCACCGCGAUACCAACGAGGUGAUGGUGCUCAAACAACUCUACCGGGUUGAUGAGGACGCCCAGAGGAACUUCCUUAAAGAGGUGGCGGUGUUAAGAUCUCUGCAGCAUCCAAACGUGCUGAGGUUUGUGGGUGUGCUGUACAAAGAUAAGAGGUUGCAUCUCGUUACUGAAUACGUCGCCGGUGGUACAUUGCAUCAAUUAUUACAGGACAGUUCGCGUGCGCUGAGCUGGGGUGAGCGGGCCCGGCUGGCGCGCGACGUGGCGGCGGGGCUGGGCUACCUGCACCGUAUGAAUGUUAUACAUCGCGACCUCAACUCACACAACUGUCUCGUCAGAGAGGAUCAGACAGUGAUAGUGGCGGAUUUCGGUCUAGCUCGUAUUGUACAGCGCACAGCGAGCAGUUCUCUACCUCGGUCUCAACAUGCGCACUCGUCACUGCGCAGGAAACGGUACACGGUGGUAGGAAACCCAUACUGGAUGGCUCCAGAGAUGAUGAACGGGAACGUGUACGAUGAGAAAGUUGACGUGUUCUCAUUCGGCAUUAUAUUGUGUGAGAUAAUUGGGCGAGUAUCAGCGGAUCCAGACUUUCUGCCGCGACGUAGUGACUUCGGUCUGAACGAGGCGUUGUUUGUGGAUAAAUUCUGCAAACCCAAUGCUUGCCCCGAGCCCUUCUAUAGGGUCGCAUUCCUCGCCUGCCAACUAGACCCAGAUACAAGGCCACCAUUCGAAGUAAUGGAGAUAUGGCUCGAGAGUUUAGUCCUGCAUUUGACGUCCUCGGGCCCUUUACCUCCCACUCUGCUGGCUGACAUCGAGCAGUACGCCCGGGGCGCUCGGCAGGGGGCGUUGUCGGGCAGGGGCCACGCCACGCCCGAGUCCUGCCCUCACAUUGAUGCGGGCAUCUUCUGCGCUAACAGUGACUCCUGCCCCGCAUGUCUCUCCUGCCACUCCUGCCGUCAGCGGUCUCCCAGCGGCACACCUACUGGUGAAUUUGCGGAAGGAGUUAUGAAGUCGCAGUCAAACGCUAGCGUGUGCGUGUCUGAGUGCGGUGGUGUAGGUGUGGGAGGACGAGCUCUAGGUAAGUGUGUGUCAGCUGGUCAGCUGGCGCGUGCUGCAGUCGCACGCAGACACGCACGCUCGCGCUCGCACCACGCCCUCGCGCCCGCACUGGGCCACGCCCCCACACUAGGCCACGCCCCCGGGUAUAUACUCAGCGCUAGUGGACGACACAUCAACAUCACAAAGGUUGACGACAUCAAUGAAUGGCUGGAGCCGCCACAACCUUUGAAACGAACCAGCCCUGAUUACCAGCUCAACAACAUACUAUCAGAACAUCACAAAACAAGGAAAGUCGAAGAGUCAGUAGACUCUCUCGACGGUAACCUCCCGUCGUUUCUCAGGAACCAAUCAGUCGAGGGUCUGGAGUCAAAGUUCAAGCACGACGUGGACACUCCUCUACCCUUCUGCAGGCAUUACAGCAUCCCAGACAACUGUGAAACUGUUGACGACACUAACAGUGAUUCCUCUGAUGAUGAUCUCACUGACAUCAGCGAUUGGUACCGAAAUAUCUCAUACAAAAAGGUAGAGGAUGACACAAAGAACAUUCUCGCGGGCAUCGUGAAGAAAGGAGAAAGCAUUUUAGCCAAAAAAGCCAGCUAUGAUGUAACAGAUGCACCAAGAAAUAUAGACUGUUCAAAACCAAGAAUAGAAGAUGUCAAAAACAAUGACAAAAACUCCAACAAACUCGAGACUAAUGUCAGAAACAUUCCAAAGACUUUAGAUGUACAAAAACCAGUGGAAAAACCUAAUUUCUUCGCAAAGAAACUUCUUUCACCUAAAUUGAGUAGACUAUUUAAGAAUAACAGUGGUGAAGUUGUUAGAAAUAAGAAUAGUGCUAGUGAUGUUAAAGAAGAAAAGUCGAGAAGCAACUUCUUCGUUCAGAAGCCGUCUUCACCGGGUAUUGUGCGUUCUUCUUACAGAGUCAGACCUGCUGAGGAAGAGAGGAAGACGACUGAAAAUAAUGUGAUAAAAAGUGAUUUGAAAUUAGCAAGUAUGGGCAAACCAAUGACACCGAUAUUCCGUAGACAUUUGGCCACAGAGAAACCGGACUUUGUCGAUUGUAGGUACAGUUGUAGAGAUCGUAAAAGGACUAAUAAAACUGAAGAGAAAUUCGUUGAAAUCGGUAGAAAUAGAAUCAAAACACCUGUUGACGUAGUGGAAAAGAUUUUAACACCUUUAAUAAAUACACAUGUAAAUUCAUUAACACCUGUACAAGAAAAGCAGAUUUCGGAUAAAGUUAAGACAGAAAAAGACGUAACAAAAAAACGUGAAUUAGGUAUAUCGAGAAGUAAUUACGUAAGUUUGGCGAAUUUAAAGAUUAAUAAUAAGCAAGAGUUAGGACAGAUAGCAAAAGAGAAACCUAAAAGUUCUUUAAAUGCCAAUCCUCCAGUGGAAAGGGUCAUUUAGAUAAAAAGUUUGGUCCAUCGAGUACUGUUUGUGCCACAGAUUAAGUACAAAACGUAGUAAAUAAUAUAGAAUAAUAAUUUAGAAAAUUAUUUUUCUACAUCUGGUUGUGGAAAUAAAUGUAU